AAGCUUCUUGUUUCAAUCGGAACCCCUCGUCUACAACAGCGAAUGAAAACAUCAGAGUUAUUCCGAAGUUUCCUGUCCGGACACUUACUUCCGUUUUGUUGCUGUGAAAAUGUCGGCGACACUCAAGCCCUACCUUAAUACUGUGAGGCACACCCUCACGAGUGCCAUGUGUCUGCAAAACUUUGAUUCACAGAUGGUGGAGAGACAUAACAAACCAGAGGUGGAAGUCAAGAGUAACAAGGAGCUUUUACUGACCCCAGUCGUUAUCAGCAGAAAUGAAAAAGAAAAAGUUUUGAUUGAAGGCUCGAUAAACUCAGUCAGAAUUAGCAUAGCUGUAAAGCAGGCAGACGAUAUUGAGAAAAUUUUGUGUCAUAAGUUCAUGAGGUUUAUGAUGAUGAGAGCAGAAAAUUUUGUAAUACUUCGACGAAAACCAGUGGAGGGCUAUGACAUCAGUUUUCUCAUCACCAACUUCCACUCCGAACAGAUGUACAAACAUAAGCUGGUAGACUUUGUAAUCCACUUCAUGGAAGAAAUUGAUAAAGAAAUAAGUGAAAUGAAACUAGCUGUCAACUCAAGGGCGCGAGUCAGUGCUGAAGAAUUCCUCAAGCGUUUUUAGUGACAAUUUAAAGAACUAAGAAAUUCAACCAAGAUCUACAUGCAAGUUGGGUGACACUGGACCAGCAAGUUCACAUAAGGAUUUGUGACAAUAUUUUGACUUGUUAUAUAUAUUAAAAUUAGUAUCGAUAUUACAAGGAUUAUUAUUACAUACAGAAUAUAUGUAUUUUCAAGUUAUUUAAUGGUCAAAUACAUCAUUUUUAAUCCCUGGAUGGAUGUAUUGAAAUGUAUAGUUGGUGGAAAUAUUCUUCCUAUGAAAGGUCAUGGAAAAUGAAUCUGACCACCCCUUCAAUUUGUAAAGAACUUGUCUUUUUACAUGGAUGGAAGAGUCAACAUGAAGAUUUUGUGGGUACAAGGCAUGAAAGUGAUAUAUAGUUUAUGGUACGCCUUUGAAAAAGAUCUAAGUAAUAUGAAAUUUUGAACAAUAAGAAAAUUAAUGUCUCUAUCUUCCCUUCAAUGUACAUUUUGUGGUUACUAUGGCAAAAUCAAUGAUUGAUAUCUAUAGAAAUCUGAGGACUACGUAAAAUUUUCAUUUAUAAUGCAAGAUAGCAACAUGUGUUUUAAAUGGUAAACAGAAACCCAAGAUUUAUUUUCCGUUUCAUUAGAGAUUAAGUGCUUUUGGAGAUACCAAAAUAUUCUUUAUAUACCACAAAUUUAAAAACGUAAUAAAAGUGUCAAACCCAGAGGGAUGAAAUGUCAGCAGGACAUCUGUGAAUAUUUACCUGUGUACUGUGAUUCACCUGUUGGUACCAGUUUUGUUUACCUGUAUGCCGAUAUCACAAUGACCCAUUGUGUAUGAGACAAUACCCUAUUUGUACAUUCAUGUAUGUAAGUGAUAUGUAUGUAGCUGUACGUUAUAUUUAUGACAUAAACACAUUCUCUAAUUCAUUUUCUGGAAGUUUACUAGAGGUAUAAAUUUCCAAAUGCUAAUUAAUAAAACAAAUUUUUAACACAC